CUGAUGAUGAACAUGUCUCUGUGUUCCUGUGCAGGUUAAUGUAAGGGCAGCUGCCUUGAGCACUCUGCAGGCCUGGGUGGAGCAAACUGGGAUGAAGGAGUGGCUGGAAGGAGAAGACCUGUCAGAGGAGCUAAAGAGAGAGAACCCCUUCCUCCGACAGGAGUUGCUGGGCUGGUUAGCAGAGAAGCUGCUGACCCUGAGGACAGUCCCUGCGGACCUGAUGCUGUGUGUCCCUCUCCUCUACGCCUGUCUGGAGGACAGAAACGGAGAUGUGAGGAAGAAGGCUCAGGACGCUCUGCCGACCUUCAUGAUGCAACUGGGACAUGACAAGAUGGACAAGGCUGCUGGGAAACUCAAAGCUGCCUCUAGGGAUCUGGUGGUUGCCAUGUUGGAAAAGGCCAGAGCAGUGAUGCCAGCUAAACCUGCUGCCCCUGCCAAAGCUGGAGGGGGAAAAGGCUCUGCAGAGCCAAGUAGAGCUGCUUCAGCCUCCAGGCAGCCAGCUGGUGAGGACUCUGUUGACAGUAAACCUGAAGUUAAGAAGAUCCGAGGAGGAGCGGCCACAAAGAAGCCUCCCUCCCCUCCCAAGGAACCUGUCCCUUCCCCUCCCUCCAAGGACAGUAAUGCUAAUAAAAAGCCCCCCAGCAAAGGGAAGGCUGCUGCAAGCAGUCAACAGGGUCCAGCUGGUAAGAAGCCCGCAGCCAAAACCCAGAAAGAUGAGGAAGACAAGUCCGGGCCAAUCUUUGUCCUCAUCCCCAAUGCUAAAGAACAGAGGAUCAAAGAGGAGAAGCAACUGAAGAUUUUGAAAUGGAACUUCAACACUCCUCGAGAUGAAUAUUUGGAGCAGCUGAAAGCCCAGAUGUCCACCUGCUUUGCUAAGUGGCUGCAGGAUGAGCUCUUCCACUUUGACUUCCAGAGGCACGUCAAGGCUAUAGGAGUCAUGAUUGAGAGGAUGGAAAGUGAGAGUGACGCCACCAUCAGCUGUCUGGACCUCAUUCUGAAGUGGUUCACCCUGAGGUUCUUCGACACUAACACCACAGUCCUAAUGAAGGUGCUGGAAUAUCUCAAGCUGCUGUUUGCCAUGCUGAACAGAGAGGGCUACCACCUGACCGAGUACGAGGCAAACUCCUUCGUCCCCUACCUCAUACUCAAGGUGAGCACACAUCUCACAGGGUUCGUACAGUCAUUAAAAACCUGGAAAAGUAAUGGAAAUUCAAAAUGCAAAUUCCAGGCCC